CAGACCGUAACCACCGACUUCCAGAAGAUUUUCCCCAUGGGCCAGAGGCUCUACAUCGGUCUGGCCGGGCUGGCCACGGACGUGCAGACCGUGGCCCAGAGGCUGAAGUUUAGGCUGAACCUCUACGAGCUGAAGGAGGGGAGGCAGAUCAAGCCCCAGACCUUCAUGAGCAUGGUGUCCAACCUGCUCUACGAGAGGAGGUUUGGUCCCUACUACACGGAGCCGGUGAUCGCGGGGCUGGACCCGCUCAGCCACGAGCCCUUCAUCUGCUCCCUAGACCUCAUCGGCUGCCCCAUGGUCACUGACGACUUCGUGGUCAGUGGCACCUGCUCCGAGCAGAUGUAUGGGAUGUGCGAGUCCCUGUGGGAACCCGACAUGGAGCCCGAGCACCUCUUCGAGACUAUCUCGCAGGCCAUGCUCAACGCCGUGGACAGAGACGCCAUCUCUGGGAUGGGCGUGGUGGUGCACGUCAUAGAGAAAGACAAGAUCACCACCAGGACCCUGAAAGCUCGCAUGGAUUAGCCCAGCCCAGCUGCUCUGUGCCACUUGGGACUUAUUUUAAAAUAAAACUCUGCCCUCAACUUC